AUGACAACCCCAAACCCAAUAACCCAACCCCCCCAAUACGACCCCCAGAAAGUCGAAUACAUAUCCACCCGCCCCCAAAAGCCCAUCGAGAUUGUCGACCCGAACCCCACCUGGCCGACCACCUUCACGCAAGUCUCCCAACUCAUCCGCUCCGCCCUAGCACCAGAAGCCGAAGCGGAAGACCCUAACCCCUUCCUCCUCUCCAUCGAGCACAUCGGCUCGACCAGCGUCCCAGGCCUCCCCGCCAAAGACAUCAUCGACAUCGACGUCCUCGUGGCGGACCCCGGUGCGGAAGACCGCUACAUCCCCGCUCUAGAGGCCGCGGGGUUCCAGUUCCUGAUCCGCGAGGAGGAGUGGCAUCGGCACCGGCUUUUGGGACUUGAAACCCCCUACGUGAAUUUGCAUGUGUUUGGGCCGGAGAGUCUCGAGGCGAUUAGGCAUCGGUUGUUUCGGGAUUGGUUGAGGACGCAUCCGGAGGAUCGGGAUCGGUAUGCGAGUGUGAAGAGGGAGGCGGCCGCGGAGAGCCGGAGGAUGGGGGAGACAACUAUGCAGUAUACGGAUCGGAAGGACCAGGUGAUACGGGAGAUUUUGAGGAAGGCGUAUGAGGCAAAUAAGAUGUUGGGGUAA